CAGCAGCACGAGGACUUGUCCGCUAAGAAACUGCGGCUGACCAAACCCAGCAAGUCAGCGGCGCUCCACGUUGACCUGUGCAAAGCCACCUCGCCCGCAGAUGCUUUGCAGUACCUGCUUCAGUUUGCCAGGAAGCCCGUGGAAGUGGAGAGCGUGGAAGGGGUUGUCAGGAUCCUGCUGGAGCAUUAUUACAAGGAGAACGAUGCCUCUGUAAGAUUGAAGAUUGCUUCCUUGCUGGGCUUGUUAUCGAAGACUGCAGGGUUUUCCCCAGACUGCAUUAUGGAUGAUGCCAUCAACACGCUUCAAAAUGAGA